AUGAAGAAACAAAUGAAAAUGAAAACCAUCACUUUACUUUUGCAUCUUCUACAAAUAAUCCUCAAUGUUGCUAACUUCACCAUGGCUGAACCAAUCUAUAGCGAAAUCUUCCUAUGCAGGAAAGACUCCGGCACUUAUGAACCCAACAGCCUCUACAAAACAAACCUCAUGUCUGCACUCAAGAGCUUACCCGCUUUAACCUCUAAAUCCAUUGGCGUUAAACCAAAUCAAGUUACCGCUAUAGCACUUUGUGCGGGCUAUUUAAAUCCCCAAGACUGCAAGUCUUGCGUAGACAAAACAAUCCCACUGCUUCUACAGAAGUGUCCAAACCAGAAGGGAGCCGCGGCAUGGAUGAUGAAAUGUAUGGUGAAAUACGGGGAAUAUGUUGCAAAUAAUUACAAUGUUUGGUUUGUUGCCAAUGAAGUUAGUGGCACAAAAACUAAGGAUGUUGUUGGGCUACAAAAUGCCCUGUCUAGUUUGGGAGAUACGUUAUUGCUAGGAUUAUAG